AUGGAUGAUCCCCAAGAAUCAGAGGUAUCUUUUGAAUUCAUGAAGCUUAAUCAACCAGAAGAAAAAUGCAAACCUGGGAUUAGCACUGUCGCACAAUUAUUGGUGGGAGAUGCCAACGCCGUCGUAAAAAUCUGUGGCCGGGUUACUCUGAAAGGUGGUGUAGAAACCCUCUUGUCAAAGGGCAAAACCCUCAAAAAACAAGAAGCUUUAUUUACUGACAAUUCUGGAACGAUUCGCUUAGUAUUAUGGGAAAACGAUAUCACCAAGGUAACUUCGACGUCUGUUUACAACAUCUCAAGAAUUGUGGUCCGAGAGUUCAGCGGUACCAAGUAUCUGACGCUCAACAAGAUGCCCAACAUGCAACCAUCUCAAUUAAAAUCCAAAUGUCAACAGCGUUUGACAGCUAAUGUUAUGUUUGAAAAGCAAGGAAAUAUGCUCUCUUUAUUUCUCUCUUUACGACAAGCUCCUCCAAUUCCACAAAAUCUAUAA